AUGGUGACUCCCCCGUGGUCAGUCUCACCUGCCUCCCCGCCUGCACCCAUGCAGCACAGCCAUGCACCAGCUCUCACCCAUGCAGCACAGCCAUGCACCAGCUCUCACCCAUGCAGCACAGCCAUGCACCAGCUCUCACCCAUGCAGCACAGCCAUGCACCAGCUCUCACCCAUGCAGCACAGCCAUGCACCAGCUCUCACCCAUGCAGCACAGCCAUGCACCAGCUCUCACCCAUGCAGCACAGCCAUGCACCAGCUCUCACCCAUGCAGCACAGCCAUGCACCAGCUCUCACCCAUGCAGCACAGCCAUGCACCAGCUCUCACCCAUGCAGCACAGCCAUGCACCAGCUCUCACCCAUGCAGCACAGCCAUGCACCAGCUCUCACCCAUGCAGCACAGCCAUGCACCAGCUCUCACCCAUGCAGCACAGCCAUGCACCAGCUCUCACCCAUGCAGCACAGCCAUGCACCAGCUCUCACCCAUGCAGCACAGCCAUGCACCAGCUCUCACCCAUGCAGCACAGCCAUGCACCAGCUCUCACCCAUGCAGCACAGCCAUGCACCAGCUCUCACCCAUGCAGCACAGCCAUGCACCAGCUCUCACCCAUGCAGCACAGCCAUGCACCAGCUCUCACCCAUGCAGCACAGCCAUGCACCAGCUCUCACCCAUGCAGCACAGCCAUGCACCAGCUCUCACCCAUGCAGCACAGCCAUGCACCAGCUCUCACCCAUGCAGCACAGCCAUGCACCAGCUCUCACCCAUGCAGCACAGCCAUGCACCAGCUCUCACCCAUGCAGCACAGCCAUGCACCAGCUCUCACCCAUGCAGCACAGCCAUGCACCAGCUCUCACCCAUGCAGCACAGCCAUGCACCAGCUCUCACCCAUGCAGCACAGCCAUGCACCAGCUCUCACCCAUGCAGCACAGCCAUGCACCAGCUCUCACCCAUGCAGCACAGCCAUGCACCAGCUCUCACCCAUGCAGCACAGCCAUGCACCAGCUCUCACCCAUGCAGCACAGCCAUGCACCAGCUCUCACCCAUGCAGCACAGCCAUGCACCAGCUCUCACCCAUGCAGCACAGCCAUGCAGCCCGCUCAACACUCUCUGAACCCACCGUCCAUCACGCGCAUGGACCGCACUCACCCUGCUGCCCGCUUCUCUCCCUCCCCGCCGUUCUCCCAUGCAUGUGCCUGCAGCUGCAGGCGCUGUUGCGCAUGGGCAUGCCAGCGGGGGUGUGCAGCACGCGCAACGCCACCACGCCACUGCACGUGGCGGCGUAUGGCGGCCACGUGGACUGCAUGUGCCUGCUGGCGGCUGUGCGUGCCUGGCGGCUUGACCAAGCAGCAGUGGGAGGCAGUGAGAUGACUUGCACACCAGGGAAUAGAGCCAGCAGAGGUAGAAGCAGCGGGGGCCAACCCCAAGGCGGUUCAGAUAGUGUGGGAGGAGCAUGCGCGGCGGGCAGGCCAAGGAGGGGAGAGGGGGCAUGGGUUUUGGAAGGAUGGUGUGGCAGAACACAAGGAGGACAGGGUGCUGAGCAGUGGGAAGGGGCGGGAGGGGGGGGUUAUAGAGCCGCUCCCAGGGCAGUGGGGAAGGUGAGAGUGCUCAUCUUGUCUCCCCUUUCCCCUCUCAUCUCAUCCCUCUUCCUGCCCUCCUGUCCCCAUCCUUCUCCCUCAGGAGAGCCGUACACCAACUGCACCGCUCUGAACCCAUUUGUGCAGUGGAAUCUGCAGCCGCUGCUACCAGCCACUCCCCCCUCCUUCACCCUCACCUCACCACCCCCACCCGCCUUCACGCCGCCAUACGCCCUCUCGUCCAUCUGCUUGUGGACGUCCCUCUCCGCCAUCGCACCUGGUCGCACACAAGCAACAGCCCUCCUGCCACUGCCGCCACACACAAAGCCUGCUGAUGCAGAUGCUGGCAGUGGAGGCGAGAAGGCAGUGGGGGGCGCAGUUGGUUCGAGUCAGGGCGUGCAGGGGGAGUGGGCAGUGGCGGGGUAUGAGGCGAUGCGUGUGGUGCAGGUGGGGGGUGGGUGGCGCCAGGGCAGCUAUGGCCUGCCCUCCUCCCUCGCUGCCUCUGCUGCACCUGCUGUGUCUGGAAGGCAAGGUGACUUGUCUGGAAACCUUUGUUGCACUUCUUUGUAG